UACUAUACAUUUGGAAGAGCUUUAUAAAAGAUAUAAAGAUCCUAACACAGAUAUGAUACUAGCUGAUGGUAUUACUCUUCUAUGCAACGACCUCCAGGUGGAUCCCCAAGAUAUUGUUAUGUUAGUUGUUUCAUGGCACAUGAAGGCUUCUACCAUGUGUGAAUAUUCCAAGGAAGAGUUUUUCACUGGUUUGCAGGCACUAGGGAUAGAUUCAUUGGAGAAGUUUAUUCAGAGGAUAUCAUUUAUGCGCUCUGAGCUGAAAGAUGAGCAAAAGUUUCGUGAGAUAUAUAACUUUGCAUUUGGCUGGGCAAAAGAAAAGGGUCAGAAAUCUUUGGCAUUGGACACUGCCAUUGGUAUGUGGCAAUUGCUCUUUGCUGAGAUGCAGUGGCCAUUGGUUGACCAUUGGUGCCAGUUUUUACAGGCCCGACAUAAUAAAGCGAUCUCUCAGGACACGUGGUCUCAACUUUUGGUGCUUGCUAGAACGAUGGACCUUGCACUAUCAAAUUACGAUGCCGAGGGUGCAUGGCCCUGUCUUAUAGAUGAAUUUGUGGAAUACUUGAACGAGAAUGGCAUCAUUCAAAAUGGUGAGUCUAGUGAUUCGACCCAAAAACGAUAAAAGGGACUGCUA